AUUUCAUCCGUUUGGGAAAGUAACCUUAUGCAUAAAACGUACCUUAAUUCAUCCUCAAUAAAAUUAUAAAUAGAAGAACAAUAGACAACAGAAUGAUAAGAAAAGCUGCUUUUGUUAAUAGGGGAAAAUGGGCUUAAGCUAAUAGGAAGUUUAAGCUAAUAGGAAGAAACUAAACACUUGCGGGAAAUUUAGCCACCAAUCACAAAAUCAGUUACUUUUUCAUAUUUUUCCCUGAUAAGGCAUUUUAAACAUAUCAUAUUUCAAUAACCUUCGUAUCUUCAUAUUAAUACAAAUCACAAUAAACUUCAUUAACUACGAUUGCUAUUUUAAAACGCUGACGCGAAAAUCUAAAAACGAAGAUACAACACACAAAGGGUAUUUUCAAAGAAAAUCUAAAGAAUAUCCUAUCCUAUGAUGAUUAAUCUUCCAAUUACCUGUUUCUGAUUACCAGUCAUUUGAUCAAUAUGUUAGUGAAUAAAAAAGACAGGAAACCAGAUUGAUUAAGGAUAUCGUAAUUGCCAAACACAAUCCGGAUUAUCAAGCAAAAUGUAGCUAAUACGAAUUGUUCGUAUGGCCAUAUCGAAUACAAUUACAAGUGGGAUGUAAUUAGUUGUUCCUUAAUGAGCUAGAACUUGUGUAUAUUGUGGAGUUUUGUUCUCCGUGGAUCUUACCUUCAACGAAGCGAGAGGAGCUGUGUUUACUAACUUGCAAGUAUAAAAUUGAAUCAAGCGUUGAUAGUAUAUGUUCAAGUGAAAAUGAAGCUUAUAUUAUUAGUAUUGUCUGUUACAAUUUUAACAUGCGUUGUGAGUAUUCCAACUCCAUCAAAGAAAGGUAAUGCAGCUAUGGAAAACAUCUUAGAAGUAAACAAUAAAUGCGGCAAAGGUUAGUUGUUAAGUGUAAUAGAAAAAUAAAUUUAUCAAAUAGACGCUCCAUUAACUCUUAUUACAUAUUUGCUUUGUUAUUUUAUCAGCUUUGACUAACGUAUUAUUGACGAAAAGAUGACUUCUGAACAGUAUGAACUUCAUAAAGCAAACCCUAAAAAAAGUCGAAGAAGAAGAGCUUUGUCGAGAAAAAGUGCAAACAUUCUAUGGCCAGGAAAACACUUCACUACACCAUCUCUUCCCAAUUUGAAUCAACGCACAAACAAGUGAUAUACUCUGCCAUAAAUGCUAUCCAAUCAAGAACUUGCAUUCGUUUUCAAGAGCACAGAGAAGGUUCUGCAUCUACUGGUCAUGUUAGAAUGUACCCAGGCUCUUUUUACUAUCAUUCACACCAGUGUAUAUACUAAUUCCAGUCAGAUCUUUGUUGCCCUAAAGUACCUAACAAUCGUCGCAAUAACUAAGCAUUAUCCCUAAAGAAUAACUUAUCAAGGAAAUGUCCUUCUUAUUUGACAGAUGCUGGUCUUACAUUGGAUACACAAGAUUCAGUCAAGAUUUAUCACUUCAAGCACCAGGGUGUGUACACAAAGGAGUUAUCGUCCAUGAACUUCUUCAUGCACUUGGUAUAUUUCAUGAACAAUCCAGAGCUGAUCGAGAUAGUUACGUCCAGAUUCACCUGGAAAAUGUCCAACAAGGUUUGGAAUAUAACUUCGAUAAGGAAUCGACAGAAAGUCUUGGGGUUGAAUAUGAUCCAAAAUCCGUGAUGCACUACUCAAGGUUUGUUAUUGUUGCCCUUACCUUCACCAGAUAAAUCAGAUUUCUCUCCGCGUAGUUAGUUAUUUGUAUUUAAACGUUAUUCUACCUUAACGCUCUUUAUUUGUAGUUGGGCGUUUUCAAAUGGUGAAGGACCCACUAUUUUAUGGAAGAAAAAUCCAUCGCUAUCAUUUGGGAGUAAUGAUUUAACCGAACUGGACAUAAUACAGCUAAACAAAUUGUAUGAUUGUAAUAAUGUCCCCACACCUACAACAACAACGACAACGACCACCAGACCAACAACCACAACAACUACAACAACCACCAGACCAACAACAACUACAACGACCACUAGACCAACGACAACUACAACGACCGCCAGAUCAACCACAACUACAUUGACUACCAAACCAACGACAACGACAACGACCACCAGAUUAACAACAACUACAACGACCACCAGAACAACAACAACUACAACGACCACCAGACCAACAACAACUACAACGACCACCAGACCAACGACAACUACAACAACUACCAAACCAACGUGAACUACAACCACCGCCAAACCAACGACAACUACAACCACCGCCAAACCAACGACAACUACAACGAUCGCCAAACCAACGACAACUACAACGACCACCAGACCAACAACAACUACAAGCACAAGUACAACGACCACAUCAGAGCCUUCCAAAGGGUGUAAGUAUUUUCUCAUUGCAAUUUUAAGCGAAAAAAACACAUUAGUUUUGUAUAAUUUUGUUAAAUGCAAAUAUUUUCUUUUGCAGCAUGCGGAGACAAGUCAUUCAUCUGCAUAAAUGUGCCAUUCUACAAAGACUUUUAUUGUCAAUUGUAUUCUGAACAAUGUCCUCGAUCAUGUGGAAAAUGCAGUAGAUCUGAAAGUGAAAUGUGCUUGAACCUGACCAACGAACCUUACACUAAUUGCGAAUGGUUGGCCAGGGCAGGAUAUUGUCAACAUGAAAAUCAAUACACUCGUUAUAAAGCCAAGAAGAAAUGUCCUCGAACAUGUUGUGAGCGAGGUGAAUUGUACAAGAAACCUAAUCCUCAAAAAGAUUAACAAGCAUUCGAAUGGUUUAUUGUCAAAAAAAUGAUGUUUUUUGCCACAUAUUUCAGAGUAAAUCAUAUAUCUUUGUUAGUCGCCAUGUUAAGAACUGAAAUUAAAUGCACAAGGACAUCAACUUUUAUCCGA